CCAGGCGCGGCAGGAGCACCCCCCGCGGCAGCGCCCCGAGCGCCAGCGCGCCCCAGCAGCACCCCCCACAGACCGCGCCCCCCUUUGGUGCCGCCAUGGCCGCCCGCCGCGCCUCCGCCCUGACGCUCUCCGCCCUGGCCCUCGCGCUGCUCGCCCUGCCCUCCGCCUUCGUGCCCGCGCCGGCCGGGCCCUGCGAGUCCAGGCGCGGCGCCCUCGCCCUAGGCACCUUCGGGGCCGCGGCCUCCUCGGGGGUGCUGCCCGCGGCGGCGGAGAAGUCGAAGGACUACUUCAUCCUGCCAGAGCUCCCUGGCCCUUUCGAGGUGGAUCCCAAGGAGGCCAUCAUCGUCGGCGAUGCGGAAGCCCCACAGGCGAAGCAGGCCAGGGCCAAGGUUGAGUCGUUGUUGAAGGAGGCGGAGACCAUUCUCGCCAAGCUCGAAGAAGACCCACAGGCGGACGUCAGCUUCGCAGUCCAAGAGUUUGGCAUCGCGGACCUGCGCGUUGCGACGAACACCAUAAAUAAUCUGAUGGACGAGGCUACCGCGGCGGGCACGCAGCGGCUGCAGCGCCUGAUGAUCCACAACAAGUACCUCUACGAGGACGAGAUUCCCUUCCCGGUCUCCAAGAAGGGUGUCGUGCAGAAGCGCGGUCCCGCGCGCCUGGCCCGCAUACAGGCCAGCCUGAAGAAGUACGCCGAGUACUCGAGAGAGCUCCUGCAGUUCCUGUGAGCGUGGGGGGAGGACGAGGAGGGGAGCGCGGAGGAAGGUCCGCGCUGUGUGAUCUGUUUGAGGGGCUUCGGGGAGGCUCCUCAUUACCCUGGGCGAGGCUCGAAACACCGGUGAGGAUUAGCUACGAAUGCCUCUUGUGGUUGAGGGUGACGAGGAGUAUUCGAUCAAGUAGCGCUCGAAGAAUCUACCAUUGUUCCUGCGAGCGGAGGGCACAAGGUCCAGGCGCUUGUGCCAGAUUUUCGGUCUUCAGACCAAGUGGGCG